AUGGCAGAGGCGCUUCCAACGGAGACACCCGAAGGCAUUGGCUUAGGCCAUUGCGAUCAAGAUGAUGUUGAAGACGAGGACGAGCCUUGUUGCCGGAUAUGUCGGCAAGGGGAGGAGGCUGGUAAGCUCUACUGCCCGUGCAGAUGUGCCGGCAGCAUCAAGUGGAUUCACGAGGAGUGUCUGCAAGCUUGGCUGCGGAGCAAAGACGGCAAGACGGCUUGCGAGUUGUGCGGACAUUCCUUCGACUUCGUUCCGGUUUAUUCUAAGAACGCACCGCAGCGGCUGACCAUCUCCGACUGGGUUGGAGCCUUCUGCUCGUCUUCCUAUCGCGUCGGUCAUCGCGUCUUGCGCGUUCUUUACGCUGUUGGACUUUGGGGUUUCUUGCUUCCUGUUCUGACGAUCAUGGCCACGCGCUCGAUCUUCGGGAGGCAGCCCAGGCCCGCAUUCGGAUCAGCGUGGCAUGUUCUUGCCUUGACCUUCGACAUAUUGAUCGGGGAGUGCUUGUCUGUGGCAGGCAUAGCUUUCAUAUACUUGUUGUCCUUCCUUACUGCUGUGCGAAGUUCGCUGCCAGCAGAUGCAGCAUCUUCACAAAGUGAAGGUGCAGCACCUGCGCCUGUGGAUGUACAGCUUCAGCCAGUGGCCGGCGAGGAGACGACGACGGACUCUCACGAGUCCACUGUUUCAGUGGGAAUUCAGGUCGACACGCGGCAACGCCAGGACGAGGUGGACCCGGAAGAGGAUCUGCUGAACAUCAUGGGCUUGCAGGGCAACCCUGUGCGCUCUUUGUUGAGUAUGUUGACCUUCCUUUGUGCCAACGUGGCGGGUAUCUACACUUUCUUGGGUUUGCCUUCAUACUUGGGUCGCUGGACUCUGGCUCGGGUGCUACCCUGGAUCCAGGCCGUGGCUCCAGAAAUCGUUAUGCUGAUAUCGUGGUCUUCGACUGACGAGAGCUCUCGCUCAAGAGGAGCGAGGUCUUCCGUGGAGCUUCCCUCUGCUGGGGUGAACGUCAUACUGGACCUCUUGGCCUUUCUGUUUGGGUAUGCUGUCCUGGCAUGUUGCAUGAUCGUUUUUGUGCUUGGGCUGCUGUUAGUUGGGGCCGUCACUGGGUGCGGCCAGAAUUCGCGAAGUUGGCAGGCAUGCCGAACCCUGGUGGUUGCUGCUCGAAGCCACCUGUGCGAGAGCAUCUUGCAAACAUGGCAGCGGAUUCAGCGCAUCGCAGUGGCCUUGCUGCAGCUUGUGGCCUUUCCUUCAUACGUUGGCCACUUGGUGCUAUGCCUUCUCGCCGGACCCGUGCUUCACUUGUCGCAGCAGGGGAGAGCCUCGCUGAUGAGUGCGAACCCGUUCAUCACCUUCGUGAUGCAGCUCUUUAUUGGCUAUGUGCACCUCUGGGGCUUCGCCUUCAUGGAGGGCUGCGUUGCCAAUGUCCUCAUGCCCGACGUUGUGCAGCGAGCUUCUCUGAACUUCUUCGUGAGUGCCAUCAACUGCCAUAGGCGCCUCUUCGGCACGAUGACAGAAGAGCUGGGCUUGUCUGAAGCCACGCCGCUGCCGCCGCACUGGGCCACGUUGAAGCUUUCGCUGAUCCAUGUUGCCGUGCACACGCCUCUGGUCUUCGCGGUCUGGUACUUGCCGGCCUUCCUCCUCGACAGGCUUGUGGGCGAGGCGCUCUUUCCGAUGCUGCUGGUGGACCAGACAGGUGAUGUCAUCGAGGGCCUUCAUCGAAGAGAUCCCUUCUCCUUGUCUGGCCCCGUCGGUGUACCUGCUCGGCCCAACAGCAAAGCAAAGAACGGCGGAAUGGCAGAGGGUCAGUCGCUCUUCGUGCUGGAGCUAAUGCAGCUCUACGUGCUGGUCCUGCAGUGCAUCCGAAUCCUCGAGACAUCGCCCGUAAUGACGCGACUCAUCUCGUCCGGGUUGCGAUGUUGGCUUCGUGCCAUCGGCUUCGGGCAUCUCUUGGUUGGUGAGUCGCCAGCGCCUUCUCAGGUGCAGUCUGAAGCGGAGUGGUCGGAUUGGGUGGUGAAACCCUGGAAAUUCCUUGGAGUUUCCGGGCUUGUUGUCGUCAUCUGCUGGUCAGUGAUGGCACUGGUCCUGGCUCUGCCCCUGGCUACCGGAAGGCUGAUCGUGGGAUUGAUCCUGUCCUCACAGGCAAAGCGAUUUUCGGAUUUCCUGCCGCUGAGCAUGGGGGUCGUCGUGGCGUCAGCUUGGAUUCUGGUGACCGUGAAGCUGGGUGCUUGCACAUCCUCGCCUGUGGCUUUUCAGCUGGAGCAAUGCCGAGUCCACAGUGCAGCAGCAGCUCCGAACUUUCUCCUCCGAGCAGAGGAUUGCCUGCCGUAUAGAAGUGGCUCGCGUGCCUUCUUCUUCAAGAGCAAGUCUGAGGGACCGCUCCUGGGAAUCCAGGGCUUGGAUUCAGCGGAAGACUUUCCGGCCUUGGCAGCAGAUGUUGUCAAGCUGAGCCGACAAAAAAUGGACGGCCUAGCAGCGUGCACCCCGCUCGAGACGGUCUCGCUACUGGACGAUGUGUCGAAUGGCCUCUGCCAGAUAGCGGAUGCUGCUGAGCUGAUCCGCAAUGUCCAUCCAGACGAGGCCUACAGCGUCAAUGGUUCCGCUGCAGUCCAAGAAAUUGCCGGGUAUAUGAGUGAGGUGAACCUCGAUACAGCGGUCUACAAUUGCAUGAAAACCUCAGAAAAUUCCAAGGGCGUUGAAUCCAUGCCGCUGGAAGCUUGCAACGUGUUGCGCCACAUGCGAGUAUCGAUGGAGCACGAAGGCAUUCAUCUCGCAGAAGCUGAGAAGCAAGCAUGCAUGCAGAUGCUGGAUGCAGAGCAGCAGCUUUCUUUUGACAUAGUUCAUCGUCAGGAGCAAGUGCGUCAGCAGGUGUCUGCUGAGACUGAAGGAGCAUGGCUGCCGGUGUCAGCGUUGGACAGCCUAAACUUGGACCAGUGGCGACUUAAGCGCCGUAGUGCUCGUGGUGGUGAAGAAGUCCACAUUCCCCGUGAUACCUUUCUCGCAGAUAGGAUACUGAAAACCGUCCCGUGUGGCGAGACACGGCAACGAAUGCACCAAGCGCAGCAGAACCGGGACGCGACCGGAGAGGAGAUGAUGCUGCAGCUACUCUCGGUGCGACAGCAGCUGGCGAAGAUACGUGGCUACGACACUUGGGCCCAUUAUGCACAAAGGGAGGCUCUUUUCGAGGGCCCCGAGAAAGUGCAAGAGUUCCUCGAGACGGCCUGGGACGCUUUGAGGCCCGGCUUUUUGACGGAGCUACAGCUUCUGGCGGAGGAGAAGCAAAGCAUCGGUCUUGGUGAUUCCUUGGAGCCCUGGGAUGUACCGUUUCUCUUGCGGAGAUGCAAGCAGAGGCACCGAGAGGCCGAUGAGAUUUCGGAAUACCUGAGCUAUGGCUCCCUGAUGAAGGGCGUGGAGUUGGUGCUCUCUCGGCUACUGGGCUUGGCUUUCGUCCAAGAGGCUCCCGAUCCCGGCGAAGUCUGGCAUCCCUCGGUUCAAAAGUUCGCGCUCCGCGAGGACGAGCGAACCAUCGGCAUCCUUUACUUGGACCCCUUCCCGCGUGCCGGCAAGAAGGUCCAAUCUGCGCAGUUCACCCUGCAGGGGUCAAAGGUGUUGCCAGAUGGACAACUUCAAGUCCCGAAGACUUGCCUGGUUUAUGCUCUGCCCCCCGGCUCGCAAAGCCUGUCUACGAGCUUUGCGGUCACUUUCAUGCACGAGAUUGGGCAUGCGGUCCACUCGUUGCUCUCCGAGACUCGUUUCCAACACCUGUCCGGAACACGUGGCACGAUUGACUUUGUGGAGUUUCCGUCUCAUUUGUUCGAGCACUUCGUGCUGGAUCCAGACUGCCUGAGCAUGUAUGCCUCGCAUGCUGGCACAGGCUCCAAGCUGCCAGAAAACCUGCGGUCUGCGCACCGUUAUCGGCCCUUCGGGCAUUUCGAGGCGGUCCAGCAGCUGGUUUAUGCGCUGGUGGACCAGGCGUUCUAUUCCUUCCAGCCGUCGACAUCCUCGGAUCUACAGUCGCAUCUGCACGGAAGGCUUGCGAGCUUCGAGCAUGGGCUGGACGGGCCGUGCAACGCGUCGCUGCUAGAGCUGCUAGGCCUGUCCACAGCGACGGCACGCUUCGACCACCUGGUCCACUACGGCGGCUCCUACUACUGCUACCUCUUCAAUCGAGCUCUGUCGGCACAUGUCUGGCAUCGGAGUUUUCGUCCAGAUCCCUUCAAUCGCGAGACUGGCGAGCGCUUGCACAGUUUGCUGAGAGGAGGUUCUGUGGUGCAGACUUUGGAUGUCAUUCGGGAUCUCUGUCCUGGUGACCCAGCUUAUGCUGCACAUGAAGUGCCGUUGGAUGCGAUGAUGGCCGAGACCAUCGUGCUGCCGCUGGGUUUGGGAACCUUGUUGCUGAGGCUAAUGCUGCCCCUGAAAGUGCAAUCGGUUUUCCAGGUUCCCAUCAUCUUCCUUCUCACGGACUGCUGGAGCCUGGGUCUGGUCUUGACCAAGGUGAUCUGGCGCCUGGUGCAAAGCGAUGUGAUACUGCACAGUCUGCAUCGGGAGAUCGAGGCUGUGUGGGAGGAGGCUCAAGGCUCUCUGACACACCUCUUCUUCAACUUGCGGGCGCACUGGCGUCUUUGGCGGAUGUUGGUGUUCCCCAUGCUGGAGGCUGUGGUGUUUCAUCUGGUGCUCCCCCGCACGGCUGUGCUCACCUUGCUGCAGUUCAUGGAGCCCGGUCAUGAGUACUUGAAAGCUGCGCUUCUCAUGUACUGCUACCACAUCGGCCUGACCCUGCGGAUAACGCUUUCAGCGCUUCCUCGGAUGAGACUCUGGCUCGGAGAGGUGCGCCAACAAAUUUUUGACAGCAAGUAUUUGAUUUCAACCGAGCUGCAGAAUUACCACCGUAUCGAAGAUCUGUCAGAUUCGCAGGACGAUGCAGCUGGGGACUCCCCUGGCUUGCCUGGCACAAGCUGA